AUGGAUAAAUUUCUCAAAAGAAAAUCAACAAUAGACCAAUCAUCCUCAUCAGUCCAAGAAAAUAAAGUCAAUGAUAAAGAAAAUGAUCCAUUAAAGGAAAGUCAUAUUCAAUUAGAAGCCAUCUUGAAAGAUCUUCUGUUUGAUCCAACUCUACGGCCUAAAAUCAAUCAUUAUCAUCCUAAUUAUAGGGAUGCAAUUCAAAGAUUUUACUUGCAAAAGAGUUGUUGCCAACCUCGAAAUCAUGCAUUUCCAUUGACAAAAUUUGGAAAAGGAUAUCGUCAAUUUAAUCCUGCUUGGUUCGGUGUGUAUGGCGAUUGGCUUGAGCAUAGUGUGACCAAAGAUGCUGCAUUCUACUUAUAUUGUUAUCUUUUUAGACUUGCCAUUAUAAGCCAAGCUGGGUUGUCAUUUCGUGGUCAUGAUGAAACUAAAGACUUAAAGAACCAAGGUAAAUUUCUCGGACUUCUUUAUUUUCUAGCUAAGCAUAGUGAACAUUUUAAGAGUGUUGUUUUGAAGAAUGCACUUGGGAAUCUUAAAUUCAUAGCACCAGUGAUUCAAAAAGAUAUUGUGAAUAUAGUGCCAAAUGAAACCAUAAAGGCUAUCAUUAUUGAUCUUGGAGAUGACAUCUUUUCAGUUUUGAUUGAUGAGUCUCCUGAUGGGUCAAUCAAAGAACAAAUGACUAUUGCCAUACGUUAUGUAGAUAAAAAGGGUCAUGUGCUUGAGCAGUUUCUUGGCAUUGUACAUGUUAGUGACAUAACUGCAAUAUCAAUUAAUAUGGCUCUUGAGUCAUUAUUUUGUAAGCAUGGGUUGAGUUUGUCAAGAUUACGUGGACAACGUCAUUACAGGGCAAGUAAUAUGUAG